AAAAAAAAAAACAGAAACGUUUCUGAAUUACCAAUCAGCUCUUCAACUUCCAUUGGCCACAGCAGUACAGAGCACACUCUCUCUCUACUUUCUCUCUCUACACACUCUCUCUCGUACACUUUCUCUCUCUAUACGGAGAGAAACACAGCACGAGAGCUCUGUUGGUAUUUUUUUACAGACGUACACGCGGUUGUGUAGGCGUAGAUUCCUUUGCCCCCACUGCGUCAUAUAAUUUUAUCAAUAAAUAAAUGCCAUGAAAGCUCUCUCUCUCCCCACUGAAACCGCAUUUAUACACAGAGAUAGGGCCUUUUCCUAACCUUUUCCUCAUUUUUAUGUGUUGCUUUGGUUUGCCUAUAUUCUCUCCUCCUCCGGCGAUCUCAGACAUCCUCCGCCGCUCUUGAGAGAAUUCACCGGCUCAGCUGUCACCGGCAGGUUUCUCUCUUUGCUUUGGUAUUUAUUUCUGCUGAAAUUUUAAGCUGCUUUUUGUUUGUAAAGUUGGGAACUUUGCUGUGAUGGAAUUGAUGGGUUUUGAGUGUGUUGAUUUUGUGCGGAUUUUGAGGGCAUAAGUGGGAAAUUUGUGGAUUUUGGGCAGAUGUUCAGCUGUUGUUUUAGCCCUGUGGAUAUGUGGUCUACAGUGUACUGCUUUUGGAUUUCUGGGGAACCUAUAGAGAAUAAUUGCCAGAAAGAUAUGGUCUUGUAGUGUAAACUUAUUGAUUUCUGGGUGAAAUCGAAGGUUUCAUAUCUGGGUUUGUUUUAAUUCGUUGAAUUGGGGAUUUAUAUCUCGUGGAAUUGGAUUAUUGGCGUUAUAAAAAUUCUGAAGUUUUUGUGGAAUAUUUAUGGAGGCUUUUGGAGGCAGAGCUCGGAAUUUCUAUGUUCCGAUGGUGCCGGAUUUGAAGGGGGCUGGCAAAAAGAGUUUGGAAUGGGAUUUGAAUGAUUGGAAAUGGGAUGGAGAUCUUUUUACUGCUAGUCCUUUGAAUGCUGUACAAUCUGAUUGUAGGAGCAGGCAGUUGUUUCCUCUUGGGCUGCCGGAAACUCCCUCCACUGCUGGUUUGUCCAACAGUUCUUCUUCUGGUUCGGAUGGUAUCUGUCCUGGGAAUGAGAAAGGUAAAAGAGAGCUGGAGAAAAGAAGAAGGGCUAGUUUUGUAGAAAAUGAAGGGCUAAAUGAUGAAGUUGGGUCUCUUAAUCUCAAGCUUGGUGGGCAAGCUUACCCAAUCAUGGAAGGAGAGGUACAAAAUGGGAAGAAGACGAAGAUAGUUGGGACUACUUUAAACCGAGCAGUUUGUCAGGUGGAGGACUGUAAGGCUGAUCUUAGCAAUGCCAAGGAUUACCACCGAAGACAUAAGGUCUGUGAUAUGCAUUCUAAGGCAACUAAAGCGGUGGUGGGAAAUGUUUUGCAGCGGUUCUGUCAGCAGUGUAGCAGGUUUCAUGUCCUUCAAGAGUUUGAUGAAGGAAAGAGAAGUUGUCGUAGACGUUUGGCAGGCCACAAUAGGAGGAGAAGAAAAACACAUCCUGAUACCGUAGUUAAUGGAGGCUCAUUGAAUGAUGAAAGAGGAAGCAGUUAUCUAUUGAUUAGUUUGCUGAGAAUACUCUCCAACAUGCACUCUAAUAGUUCAGAUCAAACAAAGGAUCAGGAUUUGCUAUCUCAUCUUUUGAAGAAUCUAGCCAAUCUUUCUGGUACCGUUGAUGGAAGAAACAUGUCUGCAUUGCUUACAGCAUCUCAAGGUUUACUAAAUGGCGGGGCAUCAAUUCAGACUGCACAAAAGGUCCCAGAUACAGUUUCCAACGGCUGUGAACCAAGUAAGCCUUCUGUUUCAGCCUCUAAAAUGGAUGACUAUGUUAAUCGUGAGGACCCUUCAAGACCUAUACGACAGUGUUCUACAGUACCUGCAUCAGAUUUCAGGAGAAUAUCUUCAGUUGAUGCAGAUCAUGGAGGUCUACAAGUUGUUUCAGGUCUAAAUGCCACCAAGCCAUUUCCCUCAAGAGCCAGUGUUCCAUCCACAUCAGUUGCACCAGAAACUACAACGGGGAGGAUGCAGUUAACUGGCAUUGAUUUAAAUAAUACAUAUGACGAUUCCCAGGACCAUUUGGACAACCUAGGGAAUUCUAAUGCCCCUGUAAAUUCAGGGACAGUGGCUCAUGGUUUUCCCUUAUGGAUGCGGCAUGAUUCGCAAAAGUCUAGCCCACCUCAGACAAGUGGGACUUCAUGCUCAACUUCAUCAAGUUCUAGUGGAGAUGCUCAGAGUCGCACGGACCGUAUUGUUUUUAAACUCUUUGGAAAAGAUCCAAAUGAUCUUCCAUUUGUUCUACGAGCACAGAUUCUCGACUGGUUGUCCCACAGUCCUACAGACAUUGAAAGCUACAUAAGGCCAGGAUGUAUCAUUUUGACAGUUUACCUCCGUCUAGAAAAAUCCACGUGGGAGGAGCUCUGCUUUAAUCUGGGAUCCAUUAUGAAACAACUUUUACAUGCUGCCAACGAUCCUUUUUGGACAACAGGAUGGGUGUAUACUAGGGUACAACAUUCUGUAGCAUUUACGUACAAUGGUCAGGUUGUCUUAGACACACCCUUACCUCUGAAAAGCCAUAAAAAUUGCAGGAUAUCAUGCAUCAAACCAAUUGCAGUUUCUUUAUCCGAAAGAGCCGAAUUUGUAGUAAAGGGGUUUAAUCUUUCUCGUGCCACCACAAGGCUGCUCUGUGCUCUGGAAGGGAACUAUCUAGUCCAAGAAACUUGUUAUGACUUGAUGGAUGGUGCUGAUACAACCGUUGCAAAUGAUCAGCUACAGUGCCUCAGAUUCUCCUGCUCUAUACCCAUUGUUACUGGCCGGGGACUCAUUGAGGUUGAAGACCAUGGUCUCAGCGGCUGCUUCUUUCCAUUUAUAGUUGCCGAGCAGGAAGUAUGUUCAGAGAUUUGUACCCUGGAGGGUGCGAUUGAGGUGGCUGAGACUGCAGAUAAUAUCCAGACAGAACCUGAAAAGUUGGAAGCCAAGAACCAAGCGUUGGACUUUGUACAUGAAUUGGGUUGGCUCCUUCACAGAUGUCACACUAAAUUUAGACUUGGCCACAGGGAUCCCAACCUAGAACUAUUUUCUUUUAGACGGUUCAGGUUGCUUAUGGAGUUUUCCAUGGACCGUGAUUGGUGUGCUGUAGUGAAGAAACUCCUGGGCAUUCUCCUUGAGGGUACCGUUGACGCUGGAGAACAUCCUUCUAUUGAGCUUGCGUUAUUGGAUAUGAGCCUCCUCCACGGAGCCGUGCGAAGAAAGUGCAGGCCUAUGGUGGAACUCUUGUUAAGAUUUGUCCUAGACAAAGGGUUAGAUAAAACAGGAUCCGAGCACAGGCAACAAGUUGACGGGGAUGGCAGCAACUUCUUAUUUAAACCCGAUGCAGUUGGGCCCAUGGGAUUGACUCCUCUUCAUGUUGCAGCCAGUACUGAUGGAUGUGAGAACAUAUUGGAUGCCUUAACUGAUGAUCCUGGAAAGGUGGGAAUUGAAGCGUGGAAAAAUGCUCGAGACAGUACAGGAUUGACACCUAAUGAUUAUGCAUUCCUGCGAGGCCGCUACACCUAUGUCCAAAUUGUCCAGCGGAAAAUCAACAAGAAACAUGAAAGCGGGCACGUGGUGCUUGAUAUCCCUGGCGUUAUCUUAGACAGCAGCAGCAAGCAGAAACAAUUAGAUGGGCAUAAGUCCUCAAAAGUCUCCAGAUUGGAGACCGAAAGGAUCGAUAUGAAAGCAAUGCAGGCACAUUGCAAGCUAUGUGAAAUGAAACUAGCAUAUGGAAACACAAGGUCGCUUGUGUACAGGCCGGCAAUGCUGUCAAUGGUAACCAUUGCUGCUGUCUGUGUUUGCGUGGCCUUGCUCUUCAAAAGCUCGCCUGAAUCUGAAUUUGGAGGAAAGGCUCGCAAUUUUGGUGGUGUGAUGGUGCCGGAUUUGAAGGGGGUUGGGAAAAAGAGUUUGGAAUGGGAUUUGAAUGAUUUUAAAUGGGAUGGUGAUCUUUUUACUGCUAGUCCAUUGAAUUCUACACCAUCUGAUGGUAGGAGUAGGCAGUUGUUUCCGGCCAGGCCAGAAACUCCGUCGGAUGCUGGUUUGUCCAACAGUUCUUCUUCUGGUUCGGAUAAUAUCAGUCCGGGGAAUGAGAAAGAUAAAAGAGAAUUGGAGAAACGGAGAAGGGAUGUUUUUGUGGAAAACCGAGAGUUGAAUGAUGAAGCUGCGUCUCUGAAUCUUAAACUUGGCGGGCAAACUUACCCCAUUAUGGAAGAAGAAGUACAAACCGGGAAGAAAACAAAGACAAUUGGGACUACUUCAAACCGUGCAGUUUGUCAGGUGGAGGACUGUAAGGCUGAUCUUAGCAAUGCCAAGGAUUAUCACCGGAGGCAUAAGGUCUGUGAUAUGCAUUCUAAGGCAACUAAAGCGCUGGUUGGAAGUGUUAUGCAGCGGUUCUGUCAACAGUGUAGCAGGUUUCAUGCUCUUCAAGAGUUUGAUGAAGGGAAGAGAAGUUGCCGUAGGCGUUUGGCUGGCCAUAAUAGGAGGAGAAGAAAAGCACAUCCUGAUACUGCAGUUAAUGGAGGCUCUUUAAACAAUGAAAGCGGAAGCAGUUAUCUAUUGAUUAGCUUGCUGAGAAUACUCUCAAAUAUGCACUCUAGUAGUUCUGAUCAAACAAAGGAUCAGGAUGUCGUAUCUCAUUUGUUGAGGAGCUUAGCCAAUGUUGCUGAUACGGCUGAUGGAAGAAACAUAUCUACAUUGCUGCAGGGAUCUCAAGGUUUAUUUAACAGUGGGACAUCUGUCCAGACUGCACGAAAGGUUCUAGAUAUGAAUGCUGGUGUUAAUACUGAGGACCCUUUAAGGUCUAAAGGACACUGUCCGAUACUACCUGUGUCAAGAGACAGUUCUGAAUCCAAAUCAGUUACACCGGAAGCUGCAAGUAGAAGGUUCCAGUUAAAUGACAUUGAUUUAAACAAUACAUACGAUGAUUCACAGGACUAUGUAGAGAACCUAGGGAAUUCUCAUGUUCCUGCAAGUCCAGGCACUGCAUCUCUUGGUUUUCCUUCAUGGAUGCAGCGUGAUUCUCAUAAAUCAAGUCCACCUCAGACAAGCGGGAAUUCAGACUUAACUUCUACUCAGUCACCAUCAAGUUCUAGUGGAGAAGCUCAGAGUCACACAGACCGAAUUGUUUUUAAACUAUUUGGAAAAGACCCUAAUGAACUUCCACUUGCUCUGCGAUCACAGAUCCUUGACUGGUUAUCUCACAGCCCUACCAACAUUGAAAGCUACAUAAGGCCGGGCUGUAUCAUUUUGACAAUUUACCUUCGUCUAGAAAAAUCCACGUGGGAGGAGUUCUGUUGUCAUCUGGGAUCCAGUUUGAAAACACUUCUUGAUGCUGCGGAUGAUCCUUUUUGGAGAACAGGAUGGGUGUAUACAAGGGUGCAAGAUUUUGUAGCAUUUACAUACAAUGGUGAAGUUGUGUUAGACACACCCUUGCCUCUUAAAAGCAAUAAAAGUUGCAGGAUAUCAUGCAUCAAACCAAUUGCGAUCUCCUUAUCUGAGAGAGCUGAAUUUGUAGUAAAAGGCUUUAACCUUUCUAGUUCCACCACAAGGUUACUCUGUGCUCUAGAAGGGAAGUAUCUGGCUCAAGAAACUUGUUAUGACUUGUUGGAUGAUGCGGAUAGCACUGUUGAGGAUGACGAACAGCAAUGCCUUAAAUUCUCCUGCUCUAUACCAAAUGUUACUGGGCGAGGAUUCAUUGAGGUUGAAGAUCAUGGUCUUAGCAGUAGCUUCUUUCCAUUUAUAGUUGCAGAGCAGGAAGUAUGCUCUGAGAUUUGUAUGCUGGAAGAUGUGAUUGAGGUGUCCGAGACUGAUGAUGAUAUCCAAUCUGGACCUGAAAAAGUGGAAGCUAAGAACCAAGCCUUGGACUUUAUACAUGAAUUGGGUUGGCUCCUACAUAGAAGUCGCGUUAAGUUUAGACUGGGUCAAUUGGAUCCCAAUCUAGAUACAUUUCCCUCUGGACGGUUCAGAUUGCUCAUGGAGUUCUCCAUUGACCAUGAUUGGUGUGCUGUGGUGAAGAAACUCUUGGGCAUUCUGUUUGAUGGUACUGUCGACGCUGGAGAGCAUCCUUCCCUUGAGUCUGCACUACUGGAUAUGGGCCUCCUCCACAGAGCUGUGCGAAUCAAUAGCAGGCGUAUGGUGGAAUUCUUGUUAAGAUUUGUCCCAGGUUUAACAGGAUCUGAGCAGAAGGAACAAGUUGACAGGGAUGGCAACAGUUUCUUGUUUAAACCUGAUGUUGUUGGGCCCAUGGGGUUGACUCCUCUUCAUAUUGCCGCCAGUACUGAUGGCUGUGAGCAAGUAUUGGAUGCCUUAACGGAUGAUCCUGGAAAGGUGGGAAUUAAAGCAUGGAAAAACGCUCGAGACAGCAGAGGAUUGACACCAUACGAUUAUGCAUGCCUUCGAAGCCGCUACUCCUAUGUCCAUAUAGUUCAGCGGAAAAUCAGCAAUACACUGGAAAGGGGGUAUGUGGUGCUUGACAUCCCUGGCCUCACGUUAGACAGAAAUGGAAAGCAGAAGCAAUCGGAUGCGCAUAAAUCAUCAAGAGUAGCCAGCUUGGAAACUGAAAAGAAUGAAAUAAAAGCAAUCUUACGACACUGCAGGUUAUGUGAACAUAAACCAGCUUAUAGCACCACACGGUCACUUGUGUACAGGCCGGCAAUGCUGUCAAUGGUGGCUGUCGCUGCUGUCUGCGUUUGCGUGGCCUUGCUCUUUAAAAGCAAUCCGGAAGUUGUUUUCGUGUUGGAGCCAUUCCGGUGGGAACACUUGAAGUUUGGUUCAAGCUAAGGUUAUAGUUUACAUGUAUUAAUUUAUAGUGACUCUGGUUAUACAUAGACCAUUUCUUUUCACGUAGAUAGGAGUAUAUUUUAUAUCUGAUUUUUAUAUGUAUAUCUAGGGCCGCUCAAGCCAACACGACUCUUCGCUUUGCGAGGGUCGGGAACGACUAUCGUAUCUGUAUUUGUAUACCUAAGCUUCCAAAAUAAACAUGGGCUGCUAUGGAUUUUGGCCCACCAGGUUUGAUUGUGUUUGUAUUUGUAUAACAGUGUUACAAACUGGAUGACACAUAAUUUAUCUGUUUGAUUUUUCUUUUC